AUGUGCGGCAUGCGACGUGCAGUGUUUACUCAGGAAAGAGGUCCCUUCAUUUUUACUACCCUGCUACCGGGCGUACCAUCGCGUGUCAUCGUGAAUAGUAAACAAUGCGAGGUAAACGCUGUCAAGGGAAUCUGUUGGGUUCAGAAUUCCACAGAAGCCUUUAAAUGCAACGUCGAGAGAUUCGGAGAGUUCGCGCGAUUUACAAUUUUCCUUGCUGAUGUCGAAAAUGUUCAGAGGAUCUUAAUUGGGGUUCCAAAUACCGAUCUACCUGAUAGAAUUGACUGGAUCUCAGUUGAACGUGAAUCGUUUGCUUCAUCGGAGCGUGUUUUAAAAGAUGAGGACCAGUACUCAAUCUUAAAAUUUACGCUCACUCGGGGAGUAAAACCUAUUGUGAUCUUUACAUGCAUCUAUGACGAUGCGGUUGCCGAUGCCUACGAAGUUGUCUCCUAUCGAUAUCUCUGGCCAGGUUUUGACGCAUUUGAUGGUGAGGAUGAAGUUGUGCACACCACUUCAAAUAUAGUGAAGUUUCAAUGGACAGUAAGAAGUUGGGGUCCACUUGAUUAUCGUAAAAUGGAGUGCAGCCUUACCUCUGGGGAUAGCUCCACAAGCAUAAAUAUUGAUUUCGAGAAUGACAUACGUGCAAAAGGCGAUAGGUUUAGGUACCGCUUCAGUUAUAUGCGAUUUGGACAAGAAGACAAGACGGUAUUCGUUUGCAAUUCAGCUGACGAUAAGCAAACGCAGACAAUAUAUUGGCAUCGCAUGGAAUUUGAGGGAUUCAACGGAAUAAUUCCAGACUUUCCUUUUCCAGUUGAGGGCACUGCACUGAGUAAGAUGCUUAGGGACUACUUGAUGGCUGCUCGAGCACGCGACUCUAAUAAUACACAAGUAACCGCAAUAUCAACAUCCGCGACCCUCCGUACGAUUUGUUUUAUUGGCGUUAACAAGUUGUUGUGGUCAUGUACAGUCCACUUCGAGAAUGGGAAGAUGCAAAUCCUAGUUCAUCAAGUGAGUUAUUUUUGA